UCGGAAACCACUUUACCAAACCGUCACCCUCUGAGCAUCCGAGAUUUGAACGCGAUGAUUACGUUGUAGCGUCAUGCAUGUGACAGGAGUGAUCAAAUGUCACAACACAUUCUCAUCCUCUGGUCCUGCUCACCCCGGGUCGGAGUGUAUCGCGCAUUCUCUCAAUCCAAUACGUCUAUCACGGAUACCGUUCUUGACUGAACGUGGUCCCGACUCUUCAAUGAUAGAAGCCGAGGAACAAGACACCUGUCGCAUAUGCAGCGCGCCGGCAGAAGAGGAGCAGCCUCUAUUCUAUCCAUGCAAAUGUUCCGGGACUAUCCGGUAUAUCCAUCAGGAUUGUUUAACGACAUGGCUGGCGCACAGUAAGAAGAAGACAUGCGAUGUGUGCAAGCACCCGUACUCUUUCACCAAGGUCUAUGCGAACGACAUGCCGUCUAGGUUGCCGCCCAUUCUGCUCCUACGACGAGUCGCCCAGCAAGCAUUCUUCGCGAUGCUGUUCGCUAUCCGUGCUGUUGCAGUUUCCAUCAUCUGGCUCGCGCUUCUCCCGUGGAUGACAGUGAUGACUUGGAGGAUUUAUUUUACACUGGGCGAUUCUGCAGCUUGGUGGAUUAGCGAUAGACCCCGACCGGCAGAUGUUGCAGGACCACCCAAUCCCUUAUACUCGGUGUUUCACCCUGACCCUGCGGCUCCGGCGUCAACCAGUCUUGUCACCCGGAUUGCGACCAGCCCUCUGUGGGCCUCUCUCUCCACAGACAUCUUUGCCGGUCAAAUCAUCGCUUCCCUUGUCGUGCUCACCUUCGUGGCCGUCUUCCUUCUACGGGAGUGGAUCUCUCAAAACGCUAGACCGGGCAUAUUUGACGAUGAGGAGGGUGCCCCAGCGCCUCCAGCGCCUGUUAUAGCGCCUGCAGUGGCACCGAUACAACUGCCACGGCCGGAGCGGAGACUGCAGCGGCUUCCGGAACCUUUUCUUGACGCCAACGAGCGGAUCGCCUUUGCAGAAAGGCACCGGGAGAUCUUGAGGCGCCAGGACAGCGGGGUUGAACUCAAUAGCCGAGUUCGUGGGAAAUCGGUUGGAAAGGACGAACUGCAGGAUCACAACAGGAGUAGCAGCUCUCACUCGAGCCGGCGCAGUGUUUCGGAACCACCUCUGCUGCGCGACUCCCCUGCUGUCGAUUCCGUAUCUGGUAGUCACAGCAGUAGUGGCACUGAUGCAUUGUUGGAUCCGGACACGAAACUUCCGCCGACAUUACCGGCCGUUCUGUCCAGUUACCAACAGCGUCGGCCGCCACUGCCGGUAACGACACCAACUGGUGAAGACCCCCUCGUACUGUUGACGCCAACCCAACCCCCGCUGUACUCACCGCAGCUCGCGACGUAUCGGGCGCCAGAGGAGUUGGAGGCAGGGCCUUCGCGAGCGUACUUUGACGAGGCUGGGUCUGACUACAAAGGCAAACAGAAAGCGAGCGCCGAGCAGAUGGAAGCCGAACACGACCUUUACUUCAAAACAGAAGAAGACGCCGAGAUGCCGGCCUUGCAAUCCACAAGUGAUUCUGAGGACGACGAGCCCGUCUUUGAUCACUCCCCAGUCGCUGAAAGCCCGGAAGAGGAAGAGGAAGAGGAAGAGGAAGAGGAGGAAGAGGACUAUGCCGACAUGCCCGUUUGGGAGGCGAUCGAGAUCGAGGACGAUGAAGUGGCCGAAGUGGGGGACGGAGAAAUGAUGAACGAGGACAUGCGUGUCGCAUUCGAAGAGGAUGACGGACAUGACGAUCUUCCGGAGGGUGAUAUUGAGCUGGAGCCCAUGAAUGCCCCAGCUGGCCCGCAAGAUGUUGUGUUCGAGGGCGAUAUGAACGACGAUCUGGAUGGAAACGUGGAUGAUGACAUGGAGGGUGCAAUGGAAGCGAUUGGGAUGCGAGGCCCCAUCUUGGGUGUAGUCCAGAAUGCGGCGCUCAUGAUCUUUGUCCUUGACACUGCGAUCGGGCUUCUCGUAUGGCUACCCUUCACGCUGGGUAAAUCAGCCGCCCUCCUUUCGCUAAAUCCACAACGAUUCUUCCAAAUCAUCCAUUUUCCCAUCCGGGCAAUGCGCAUCAUGACAGACCCCGUCGUAGACGUGAUCAUGUAUAUGGUCGCGUCGCUUUUGGUUCCUAUUGUGCUCCGAACCAGCCUUCGUGCCGUACGGCUUGCAUUUGGCUCUGUGAUGAUGGUGGCCGGAUUGGUCAUCGGCAAGGCCAAGGUUGCACAGACUAUGCAAGGUUUCGACUUACUGGUUGACCGUGUCAAGACACUCUCUUUUUCCUCGAAACCCAUUCCAGACGUGGAAGAAAAGGCGGCAGAGUCCUCGAUUUUGACGUAUGUCAUGAACGAGAGAACCGAACCGUACUUUGCAGCGCUCGGCAAAGAAGUUCGGGAGGGUGCAGAACAGGUCGCGGACACUUGGACACAGCUCGCGUUGGGUCACGGGCCAAAAGAGAAAGUGUUUGCUGUCGUGCUGGGGUACUUUGUGGUGGUGCUGAUGGUCGCGCUCUACCUCAAUCUCUUGACCGUCGGGAACAUGAAAUCCGCCGGCCGAGCAGUGCGGACAGCCGUCCGGGAACAAUUGCUGGUGUUGAAAGUCGCUGCGUUUAUUUUCAUCGAGCUGGCGAUCUUCCCAUUUGGGUGCGGAGUCGUGCUCGAUCUUUGCACGGUCUGGCUCUUCCCCGAGGCGAACUUUGUCUCUCGACUCGAGUUCUUCAAGCGGGCGGCGCUGACGGCGAUGUUCUAUCAUUGGGUUGCAGGGACGAUGUUUAUGUAUUCGUUUGCCGUGCUGCUUUCUGCAUGCAGGACUUUGAUGCGGCGGGGUGCGAUGUGGUUCGUCAAGGAUCCGCAGGACCAGAACACGCACCCAAUCAGGGACAUCCUCGAUAGACCCACGUUGACGCAGUUGCGUAAGAUCUUCAUCAGCGGGGUCAUGUACUCCGUCGUUGUCGCCGGUCUGGUCACCAGUGUCGCGGGACUCAUUUGGGUGGGGGAUCGGUCUGUACUGCCUCUCAGAUGGAAGAACAGGGAACCACUGUCUAGCGUGCCUGUCGACCUGCUGUUCCUCCAUGUGGUUCUUCCUUACACGAUGCGUUAUUUCCGGCCUCGAUCCCCGUUGCGCAGGGUUUCCAAGGCCCUUUGGAAGUUCGUUGCCCAAAAACUGCGCCUCUCCUCGUACUUUUUCGGCGGUCGCUACCCGCUCGAAGAGUUCACACCUGCCAGUUGGUCGGGGGUGCUCUUCCCCGUAACAGAUUCAAAGGAUGUGUUCGAUGGCACAUUCCGACGAGUUCCGGCUACCGACAACCUUGCGCUCCCUCGUGACAUGCGCGCGACUGUGCUUGUAAAUGAGGACGGUGUUCCGAUCGAUUUCGAGGCCGCUGAGCUGAUGCGGCGCCAAGACCAAGAGGCGGUCAAAGCGAAGCGCCUGCCGAAGGAGGACUACACUGUCGUGUACAUGCCGCCAUACUUCCGCUGGAGGGUGAUGGCCUUCAUUGGGACCCUCUGGGCGACGGGUUCGCUUGCCCUGGGCCUUGUGAUAGCUGUGCCGAUGCAGUUCGGGCGCGGGUUCUUCGCGCUGAUUGUCGACCGGGAAGUCCACGACGGCUACUCGUGGCUUGCCGGCGUGUACCUGCUCUGGGCGUGCUAUUUAUUCGGCCGUGCGGUGGACCGCUUGGACAAACGCCGUCAGCGCAGAGGUGGAGACGACCCCCGCGCUGAUCUGCGACUGCUUGUGAUCAAGCGCGGAUUCCUAUGGGUGACCAAAACCGCAUACAUGAUUCUGGCUUUGGGGGUGAUCAUCCCAACGCUCAUUUCGCUCGUUAUCGCCUUCUAUUUGAUCUUGCCGAUGCGUCUGUUUGUGGAUCCAAGCUUGACACCCCGCAUCCGGUUUGUGGAUGAAUGGGCCCUGGGAUUGCUCUACACAAAGAUCAUCAUGUUCGUCCAGCGGACCCAGCCGCCGAAUCCCAUCUCCAGAGGGAUACAACAUAUCAAGAACAACGGGUGGACACAUCCUGAGCCGUUGACGGCCACAAAAGAGGUUAUUGGUCCUCUGAUACUCGGUCUGGCGGGAAUGAUCGUGCUCCCCGGUGGCGCGUUCCUAUUGGCGCAGCGGUACUUGCCAUUUGUGCCUCAGAACAGCACUCGCAUCUUAUGUAUGUCGAUUUGCUCCCACUCUUUAUCUCGCCAUCUCUUACGCUCUUUGCCCUCCCCCAGUCAUGGAAGUUUAUCCCAUCAUCUUCGCGACAGUCGCCGGUCUACGCUUUGGUUCUGUCUUGUUUGAGAUAUUGGGUGUCUGGUCGCAGUCCAUCCGGGAUAAAGAGUUCUUGGUCGAGAUGCGCCUGAAAAACCAUGAGCCGGAGGGCAGCUCGUCUCGUCUAGAGACACGUAACCCCGUGGUGGUGCAGAAGCGCCCGGAGGAAGCGGAAGAACCAGAGGGGGAGGAUCAACCCGAAGAGGAGGAGGAGGACAUGUUGCACUAGCAUUGUAUGAUUUUGUAUAGUUACACAUCUGAACGCAUCCAGAAACAGACAGUUGCGGUUCAUCGCGUGCUCACGUGAUCCACUAACGAGGCAUGCCGUCACCGUAUUACCGACUCCUGAAAUCAGACUUUACGACGCAGGGUCAUGCUUGACCGUGUCCAAUUCUCUUUCUCGAACUUUUCUUCGCCUCUG